GCAAACCACAUAAUUCAUUGCCAGAGUACCUGUCGUCCUAUCCACACGAUCACGACACAGAGAACACACGGACAAGAGUCGAUGGACAACCAUAGCCACAAGUUGCGGCAACUUUGACAUCUCAUCACCCCACAACCCACCCCUAACUAAAUGCGCUCAUCCUGCUGCCCCGCCAGCAGAUGGCAUGUCAGCCACAAAUAUGGGCAUCUUGCUGACAAACGAGCCAACAUACAUCCGAUCGUUGUGCUCAAAAGCCUCGGUCGUCAGCCUCACCCGACCUGAAGGAAGCAAAGACACACACACACAGACACACACAGACGAGUGCAUCGAGGAAAGACGCGUCGAUUCCAUGUGGUGUGGUGUGGUAGGUGCGUGCACACUUGAUGGGUCUGUGACGAGCCUCAGGACCUUCCCUGUCUCAUCGAUCUCCAUCGCCCAGCCGCCCCCUCCACCCACAAGUGUGUCCAGGGUCAACAGCACAAGCAGCCUAUAUGGCAAGCCAGCCAUCAACUGACAAUGAGAAACCACACACACCGUGACUGUGACUGCGGUCUUGGCGUCCAUCCCCGCUGGCCUGCCUACCUUUCUGAUCCACGGGUAGAGUCUCGACACGACUAUGGCCAUGGCAGUGGGGGUGGGCCCGCCGACCCAGUAGGUGCCCCUAGGCGACCGGCGGAUGUUAUCCAAAACGGUCGGAUAGUUCUUCCCAAACACUUCCAGCUUACCUGACACACAUACACAUACACACACACACAGAGAGAGAGAGAGAGAAAGGGAGAGAGAGUUAGUGGAUGCCACUGCCCACAGCCCCUCCCUGCUGUGUGUGUGUGGGUGUGUGGACGUCUGUCUGGCACCCUUGUUGCUUCCGGUGAGGUGGUACUUCCAAAUGAGUGCGCGUGUGCACGAGUUGAUGAGCAGGUGGGUCUCGUCAAACGACACCACCAUGCCGUUGGGGAAGGGCAGGUCCUUGUGCAGCACGCGGGUCUCCUUCGUGCUUCAUGCACACACAACAAACAAACCACCAACAGAACACACAUCAGACCGAUGGCUGCCUGCUCGUUAUCAGGCUCACCCACCUUGGGGCAUACGACAUGAGGGCGCCCGUCGCUCCGCUCUCGAUGAGCUCGAGGAACAAGCGGUUGAUCCUGAACUUGGCACUGCUGUCGGUGAAGUAGACGAGGCCAUCCGGCCCCUCGACAGGCGUGUUGCAGAAGACCACCUUCCGCCCGUCAGGUGCCGACUCGUCCGUCAGGAUGCGGCCCUGUGCCGGCCCCCUGCUGCCGCUGCCCUCCGGCCACUCGAAUAUCCUGACAAACAUGCAGACACACGUGAGAUGCGCGUCACGCACAAAUGCGCGUGUGGUUGCUCGCACACACAUGAGUCCAUAGUAAGCGUCGCACACGAGGAGGUUGCCCUGCUUGUCGAAGGCGAGGCCCAGCGGGCGGCCGCAGAAGGGCUCGUUGUCGAUGUCCGCCUUAGAGCACAUCUCCUCGCUGCCGUCUGCACACACACACGCAGGGAGGGAAGCGAUAUGACUGCUAUCGGUCUGUGUCUGUGUCUGUGUCUGUGUUUGUGUGUGUUUGCUGACCACCCAGGUGUCUGUGAGGUGCCGUGAAGGCCACGUGCUCCCAUGUGUCGUCAUCCACCAGACGGAUGAUCCUCCCUAAGGCACAGACAUCCAUCCAUCCAUCCACCAAACCAUUGCAGUGUUUCCGUCAGGUCCGCAGCGCCCACCUUCUGAGGUGCCUGUGUAGACAAAGCCGUUCUUGUCAGCUGCAAAGGCCUCCCCACCCUGCGCACCCACACAGACACACACAUGCAAAAGCGGUCCUUUGUCGUUUUGCAGACAGAGAUAUCUGCGUGUUGCUUGUUGCCUGCCUGGCCACCUACCCCAGUGAUGUCUGUGUAGAGCGCCUUGGAUGCAUUCAGGAAGGUCUGGAUGGGAAAGGCCCCGGUGGGCAUGGGCGCCACGUCAUGUGACGGCACAACCACGGGGUCGAGAGGGGACGACACGAUGACGUAGCCGCAUAUCGCUGAUGAAGCACACACAGAAGCAAGCACACGGCAGGCACAGCGAAAUGCACUGAAUGCGUUUGAUUGAUUGAUGCGACGGGCUCGUCUUCGUGGCCAUUGCAUACGUACCUGAGAGGACGGCCACAGCGACAGUCCACGGACGAAGCAAAGCCAUCUUUCUCCUCGUCAAUGAGUGCCUGCAGAUCGGACUGACAACCGACCGUCAGCAGUGUAGAUCUCCAUUCUACAAUGCGGCUGCCUGCCUCUGCCUCAGGCCUCUCCCUCCAUUAUGCUCGCAGCCCGG